AUGCAGCCCCCUGGCUGCCCGUCGCUGUCCUCGCGCCUACGGGCGCUGCCGCUCCCGCCCGUCAGCUGCCGCGCGGCGCACACCGCGCAAGCCACCAACCCGACCAGCCAUCGUCGCCAAUCCCCCGUCUGGGCUUCGGUCCCGCUGGCAGCGGGCAACGGGCGAUCUUUGCUGCAUGGCAGCGGCCCUUUUGAUCGUCGCUGCGGCGUUUCGGCGACUGGAUUCGAUGGUGAUGGCGGUGCGGGUGUGCCCAGCGUGGCGACCGCCAAGGAGGCUGUGGAGCUGGGCCUCAAGACCCUGGAGGCCGGGGACGUGGAGGCGGCGCUGGGCCUGUUCAACAGGGCCAUGGACUUCGGCCCCAACCAGGAGGAGGCGACGGCGGCCAAGUACAACGCGGCGUGCUGCCUGGCGAAGUUGAAGAGGUGGAAGGAGGCCGCGGAUGGCGUCGUUGAGGUUGUCAAUGACUACAAUUUGAAGCUCAAGGUGGCAAUGGAGGACGGCGAUCUUGAGGAGUUGAGGGACACUCGAGAGUGGCGGGAGGCCCUGGCAAUGAUGAAAGGGGGCUUGACAGAAGAACAGCGAGUGAAAUUGAGGGCAGAAACGAAGGCCCCUUUCAGGCUCCCUCGAUUGUAUCUCUUUGGUGGCCUGCUAGCGGGUGCAGGUUUUGGCCUUCUCAUCAUUCUCGCUAGGCUGGCUGCUGCACUGAAAGGAGGAGAGGGAGCACCAGAUCUGCAGGAGAGCAUCACGAAUCUUGGCAUCAAUUUGGCUGCUGUUGUUGUGCUAGGGUUUCUUUUCUACAGGGACGUCUCCCAAAGUGAUAAGGACGCAGCUGUCACAGCAAGAGAGGAGGCGUUGGGAGCACUGCAGGUGAGAACUGCGGCGAGUCGUGUGAUGCCCCUUGCACGCCUUCGGGGCACAGUGCGGCCCGUGGUGGUCGCAGGCACCAAGAGCCAGAUUGCACGGGUACUGAAAGCUGCACGGCCUCUACGAGAGGAGCUGCAGGACAGGGGUGUGUGUGUCAUACCUGUUAUCACAACAGACGCAGCGGAGCCUGCUGACAAAAUCAAAGCCCUCAAGCAGAAGCUUCAGUCCAACGGAGGCAAUUCUGACGCUGGCAAGGGUUUCGCUGAGGAGGUAGAAGUGAAGCAGGGGGACGGCAAAUGGGAGGUGUCGCCUCACAACAUGGAUGAAUGGCGGGAAUGGAUGGAAGAGCAGAAGGAGUUUGCCGGGGCGAAGGGGAGCAACUUUUACGUUCAGGUUCAGCUUGAUGGUACGGUUCGGAGCAGUGGGUCUGGGGCCCCGCCUUGGCAGGAGCUCGUCCAGAACCUUCCAACCAUGGAUUCCGUGAUGACCAAAUUCGGAGACAACAUUGGGCCCACAGUGUGA